UGGAUAGCGGAUGCUCGUGGGUGGUGCUAGUUGUAGCAUUUUUUGGACAAGCUAUGAGUAUCGGCUUCUACUACUGCUUCGGACCGAUAUAUAGUGAAAUUUUAGUUUUGUAUGAAACAUCUGAAGCACAAGCAGCCAUCGAAAUUUGGGCAAAAUCACGCCGUCGAAAUGGAGAAGAAUUGUUUAAUUUCAAAGUGUUUUUAAAAAAACAACCCGAUCUACUUCGUCUGUUUAGUAUCAAAAGCACCUUAAACUUAAGACUUUGCCCACAGAAGUUUCUUUUUGUUUUCUGAUAUGUAUGUUGGGACAAAACACAUAUAUUGAAAAGCGAAAAAAAAGAACACAUAGGAACGAUAUUGGAACACCUGAAAGACCAUGAUACAACUUACUUUCCAAAAAAUCUUAAAAAAUAAUAAAUAAUGAACGCUCGAUUGAUAUAACCCUAACAUAUAACCCUCAGAAGUUAUAACAACUCCAUUUCAUUUGAUGGCAACAUCAAACUUACUGAGUCAAUCGAAGUCCGACAAAAUUUCGUCGGCAUUCAUAAUUCGUCGGCCCAUAUUCUCGUCACAUCCCGAAAUUUUCGUCAAAAUGAAGUUAUAGCGUUUCUGAAUUAACCAAUCCUUCUAAGGUUUUGUAAUUUUUAAGGUAUCGUGUACGAAUAGUCUUAUAAUAAUGAGAUACGGGUAUUCUUAGUGUGAUUGAAGUAAAUUUCUUUUUUAAUACGUAUCUCUGUGUGUUUAGCUUGGAUUGGUUCAAUUGGUUAUUCAGUGUGCUUUAUGUUCGGCUUUUUAUCCUCCACACUGUGUGAUCGAUUUGGAUGUGGUUAUGUUAUGUCAAUGGGAGGUGCAUUCAUUGGACUUGGAGUACUGACGUCAUCAUUUGCACCUAAUGCCAUGACCUUAUUUAUCACCUAUGGUAUAGUAGUAUCUAUCGGAACAAGUUGUUUAUUUUUCUCUUCGUUACUUGUGCUACCAUUAUACUUUAAUCGAAAACUUGGAUUGGCAAAUGGUAUAGUAUCCGCCGGAAGUGGAGUUGGUGGAAUAGCAUUAUCUCCAUUGUUUGGUUGCCUAAUCAAAAGUUACGGCUUACGAACCACAUUUCAAACGUACGCUAUCUUAGCUGUUUUACCUCUACUUGGUGGAUUUCUAAUACGAAGGAGAGCACAUUACAACGAUCCAAAACAAAAACGGUCUUCAUGUUUUGAUCGACAGUUACUUAGCAACAAAGCGUUUGUUUUGUUUACUGUGGCAAUGUCACUUAUCCUCUUUGUUUACUACAUACCAUAUGUGCAUUUGAUUAAUUUCUCCUGCAUCAAAGGAGUGAAGUCAGAAGAUGCUGCUCUCCUCCCCAGUGUUAUUUCUGCAUCAGCUGUCAUUGGCAAGUUUCUAUUUGGAUACAUCGGUCAGUUACGAAAAGUGAAUCGACUAUAUAUGUUUCAAGGUUUUCUUCUUCUCCUCAGCGUCUCCCUCACAAUGCUUCCUUUAACAGUCAGUUAUCUACAUCUCCUACUGUUUUCAAUUGUAUUUGGACUCAGCGAAGGAGGAUUUUCGAGUUAUAUUAUCAUUUGUAUGAGUCAGACUGUUUAUACGAAACAGCUAGCUGCAGCCUUUGGUAUGAUGUAUACGGUGACAUCAUUUUUUUCACUCUUUGGCGCUCCAUUUGCAGGUUUAGUAUUCGAUGCUACUGGAAAAUACGAAAUAGCAUUUCUGUCUUGUGGAGCCAUCUUUAUGAUUGGAGCCUUAUCAUUAUUUUUUCUACCAUUCCUAAUACCAGAAGAUGUAUAUUACGAAAGAAUUCGGAUAAAGCGAUAUUUAGAAAAUGUUAGCGACAAAAUUAAGCCAAUAUCCAAAAUGACGGAGAAUUCAAAUGCCGUUAUCGUGUUUAUGGACUAUAUCGAUCCUGACGUGUCGGAAAAAGCUGCGUUGAUAACACCAAAAUUAAUGCACGCCGAACUUGAUACAGACGAUAAUAAGCAAUCAAUAUUUAGUAAAAACAAAUCCUUAUAUGGUAAAAGCAGCGUUAGAUAUAGUUCGACAGAUACCUUAUAUGGUAUUAUAAACAAAUACUUAGAUUUACCAGACAUUCGAAAAACGAGAUCGAUGAUGUGUAUUCCGCCUUACGCGCGUCAGGAUUUUAUAAACAACUACGUCACAGAGGAAGAACCCGUGGUUGUUUAGCAAAAGCGAUAUUAGCACAUGUAUUCAUUUAUUGUUCCAAAGUUAAACGGUCACCAACGACUGUGCAAAAAAUAGUGAAUUUUCUCAAGGCAGGUGUUUUACUGUGCGAAUUAUUCCUGAAACAGGAAAUCCUUAGAACUUAAAUAAAUUUAAAUCAAACUAAUCGAACAAAUUAUUUUUAUAUUGUGAAUGAUAUUACAUUUCGGUUGUGUUGCUUUUAAUAAGUUAUCCUAUAAUGGAAUAUAUAUAAUUUUGAAAAAUACACUGCCUUUUCAAUGAUAUGAGAAAGUAUGUUUAGAACGCACAACAUA